CCCUAAAACCGGGGUUCUUCUACUACAGGCAAUACGCACGGUGGCGCUGGCAGCCCAGCGCUUCGAUCCACGCGCGGCGCCCGCGCUUCGAUUCCUCCAGUUUGAUCCGGUUUCCUCGCUCUCCUGCGCGCCUUGGAUGAUAUUUCGAUCAGUCGGCCAUCCGAUUCCUCCAUCUCCCCGGUCCGGAUUUCGCGAUCCGCUCGCCGUGGAUGUGAAUUCCUCCUCCUCUCCUCUCUCCUGUGGCGGAGCUUGGAAUUCGUCGGGAUCGGCGGAUCGCAGGGAUUUUCUUUCCACCGCUUCCAAGAAAGUGGAAUAUUUCCCAAGAUAUGGAUUCUUCGACGGCGGCGGCGGCGGUGUCAUCGAUCCCGCCGGGCGCAGGAUCCAGUGUGGGAGUGACAGUUGCAGGAUCGUCCACGGCGGAGGAGGAUUCUUCUUCUUCCAGGAAGAAUUCCAGGAGCAGUAGCGGCGGCGGAUCCAAGCAGCAGCAAAAGAAGAAAUUCGUGGGUGUGAGGCAGAGGCCGUCGGGGCGAUGGGUAGCGGAGAUCAAAGAUUCGACGCAGAAGCUCCGGCUGUGGCUGGGCACUUUCGACAAUGCCGAGGACGCCGCCCGGGCAUACGACGACGCCGCGAGAGCUCUCCGCGGCGCCAACACCCGGACCAAUUUCAAGCUGCCAGGGAACGCUAGCGGACGAUUCUCCAAGGCGACGCGGAUGCUCCUUCAGCGCGUCGCGAUGAGAUCGUCUGGCAGCGAGGCUCUCAAGGAGAAUCAAGCCUUGAUCGCCGGCGACAACAACAAUCCAGGAGCCGUGGCAGUAGCGGGGGCAUUUCCCCAUGGCCUGUAUCAUGCCGCUGGUGGAUCUUCUUCAGACUCUUCGCCCAUGCAGAGCUUCUCUUCGCAGCAAGUCCCCGGCAAAGACAAGCUCGCCGCUGUAGAUCCAGGCAAGUCCAUAGCUCCUCGCGCUCUCCAGCAGCACCAAUUCUACAGCACCUCUCCCUUCGGUGGUGGAUUCCAAUCGCCAACGCUCGCCACCCAACAGCAAAUCCACAGCAAGAGUGUCUAUGGGGCGUUCAUAGAGAAGCUUGGCAAGGUGCCAAGACCACCACCGCCACCUCCUGCCAAGCACGAUCUUCCAUACGUGAAUGGCUACCACGGGCCACUUGUGUCCGAGAACGAACGCGCUCCUCAAGAGACGACGAUGAUGAUGGAGUUCCAAGACGAUCAAGGUGGUGGCGGCGGCGACGACUACAUUUUCAAGUCCUACUCCGCCGCGUCCUCGCGCUUCAUGUCUCCCUCGAUCCGGGUACCUCCCUCCGACAGAUACAAAGUGGCCCCGUCCAUUCACGUCUACAACACGGCGGCGCAAGCGGCGGCGGCGGCCGCCGCCGACCUGUCCGACUCCGACGCUCUCAUCCAAGCUCCAAACAUCCGCGGGAGCGAAUCGCCCAUCAUUCUCAACAAGGACGAUCCGAUGGUCUCGGCGGUCCCAGCGGCGGCGAUGGCGAUCAGCUCCUGCGACUCGGUCUCUCCCGGCCCCUCGACGCCCAGCUGCGAGGAGGAGGAAUCGUCCAGCUUCUGGAGCUACUUCGACCAGGCGCUGUGUGCCGUGACUUGAAAGCGAGGCAGGGCGAGAGCUUUCCGGUUGUGGCCAGCGCACACGAAAGAGAGAUAGGCAGACAUGGAAAGGGAGGAAGUCCUCCAAUCUAAAUGCCGCGCGCGAGGCAGGCACCCACCAGCACUAGCAGCACUGACCCAGGAGAAGAGGAGGCUUCAUUCAUGUCGUGCAUUCAUUCUUCCAGAGACGAUCUCGCGAAGCUGUAAUUAUACAGGCGUGUACAAUCCGUUUUGCUUUUCAUGUUCCAGUCCAAUAAGUAAACACGAGGUUUGCUCAUACUUCGCUACAGAGAAAGAAAAUCGAACAAAAGUGCCUAGUGCCAACUCUUUUUGUCAGUUCCCUUGAUCAAAUCAAAUCAAUCAAUGAGUUCUUUCCAUGCGAAACAAAAGGAUGAAACAAUGGGUGAAGCUUGUUAGA